AGUAUAUUGGAUAAUUAGUAAUAAAAAUAGAAAGUGUCCAGCGUUUACCUAUUAAGGGAAGGGUUUCUUUCCUUUCUUGAUACCAAACCAGCAUUUCCAAUCAAGUAAUCGAGAUAGUGCUCCAACUAGCUAAUAGAGUGAAAUAUAUCAACAAAUUAAAAUCGAACCCCACCAAUCCAAAGCUAUCAUACCCUUGCAUGUUCACGAGCUUCCUUUUGAUUGGUUUGUGCAGCUGCUAAUUAUUAAAAUGACGAGAACGAGGAUAAAGAUAAAGAAAAUCGACAACAUAACGGCGAGGCAGGUAACAUUUUCUAAGAGGAGGCGAGGGCUAUUCAAGAAAGCUGAAGAGCUUUCUGUGCUAUGCGAUGCUGAGGUUGGUCUCAUUGUUUUCUCAUCUACCGGGAAGCUCUUUGAUUAUAGCAGCUCCAGUAUGAAUGACAUAGUUACAAAGUACAGUACGCAUUCCCAUGGCAUCAACAAAUUGGAUAAGCCAUCACUAGAACUGCAGCUAGAAGCUAGCAAUAGCGCCAAAUUGAGUAAGGAAAUUGCAGAUAGAACCCAAGAAUUAAGUUGGUUGAAAGGCGACGAUCUUCAAGGACUAGGUCUAAAUGAGUUGCAGCAACUGGAGAAAACACUUGAAAUAGGACUCGAUCGCGUGACUGACAUAAAGGAAAAUCAGAUAAUGAGCCAGAUUUCUGAACUUCAGAAAAAGGGAAUCCUGUUAGAAGAGGAGAACAAGCAUUUAACGAAAAAGCUAGCGGAGAAGGAGAAGGAGGCUAUGCUGUGUAAGGCAAAAAUUCCUUUCAUGGUGGACUCAGAUAAGGGAAUAAUGCAGGAAGAAGGUGUCUCGUUAGAUUCUACAAAUAACAUUAGCAGUUGCAUCAGUGAUCCUCCUCUCGAGGAUGGUUCCUCGGACAUAUCUCUUACGUUAGGGCUACCCUUCUCUAACUGAAGAGGUAACAUGGUGAAAGAGUCUUGCCCCGUUUUGAGCGUUAUUAAGAUUUUUUUUCUUAAAACUGUACCAAUAUUUUUUUUAAUUAAGAAAAAAACUGCACCACUAUAUAUAUGUUUUUGUUGGAUUUGUUUAUAAGUGAGAAGUGUAUUAAAAAGUAAAAUGUAUGAUUGUUAGCUAAACCAAUGAAAUAUAUUUUAUAUAC